CGAGAGUAUAAAUAGCAGUCGAUGUGAAAAAUUUCAUUAUACGUUUGUGAAGCCUCAUAGCCGGCAAGUCGAACGUAGACUUUCUCAGAUUCACCUCAAACAGUUGCUCUACAGAUUUCUGUAAGUUUUCUUUGUCGCGUGUGAAAAAAGUGUAAAAAGAAAAACUCAAUAUGCGUGAAUGUAUCUCUAUCCAUGUUGGCCAGGCUGGUGUGCAGAUUGGCAACGCCUGCUGGGAGUUGUACUGCUUGGAGCAUGGCAUCCAGCCCGAUGGCCAGAUGCCAUCUGACAAGACCGUGGGUGGUGGCGAUGACUCGUUCAACACCUUCUUCAGCGAGACUGGCGCUGGCAAGCAUGUGCCUCGCGCUGUGUUCGUCGAUCUGGAGCCAACUGUCGUGGAUGAGGUGCGUACUGGCACAUACCGUCAGCUGUUCCAUCCCGAGCAGUUGAUCACCGGCAAGGAGGAUGCGGCCAAUAACUAUGCACGUGGUCAUUACACCAUUGGCAAAGAGAUUGUUGAUCUGGUGUUGGAUCGCAUUCGCAAGUUGGCCGAUCAGUGCACUGGUCUGCAGGGUUUCCUCAUUUUCCAUUCGUUCGGUGGCGGCACUGGAUCCGGCUUCACCUCGCUGCUGAUGGAGCGUCUGUCCGUCGAUUAUGGCAAGAAGUCGAAGCUGGAGUUCGCCAUCUAUCCGGCACCACAGGUCUCCACGGCCGUUGUCGAGCCAUACAACUCGAUUCUGACCACGCACACAACCCUGGAACACUCGGACUGCGCCUUCAUGGUUGACAAUGAGGCCAUCUAUGAUAUCUGCCGUCGCAACUUGGACAUUGAGCGUCCCACAUACACCAAUCUGAAUCGUCUUAUCGGCCAGAUUGUGUCCUCGAUCACCGCUUCGCUGCGUUUCGAUGGUGCCCUGAAUGUGGAUCUUACCGAGUUCCAGACCAACUUGGUGCCCUAUCCUCGUAUCCAUUUCCCCCUGGUCACCUACGCUCCCGUCAUCUCUGCCGAGAAGGCCUACCACGAGCAGCUCUCGGUUGCCGAGAUCACCAAUGCCUGCUUCGAGCCAGCCAACCAGAUGGUCAAGUGUGAUCCCCGUCACGGCAAGUACAUGGCCUGCUGCAUGUUGUAUCGUGGCGAUGUUGUGCCCAAGGAUGUCAACGCUGCUAUUGCCACCAUCAAGACUAAGCGCACCAUUCAGUUCGUUGACUGGUGUCCCACCGGCUUCAAGGUUGGCAUCAACUAUCAGCCACCCACUGUUGUGCCCGGCGGCGAUCUGGCCAAGGUGCAGCGUGCCGUCUGCAUGUUGUCCAACACCACGGCUAUUGCCGAGGCCUGGGCCCGUUUGGAUCACAAGUUCGACUUGAUGUACGCCAAGCGUGCCUUUGUCCACUGGUAUGUCGGUGAGGGUAUGGAGGAGGGUGAGUUCUCCGAGGCUCGUGAGGAUUUGGCUGCCCUGGAGAAGGAUUACGAGGAGGUCGGCAUGGACUCUGGCGAUGGUGAGGGCGAGGGCGCCGAGGAGUAUUAAACAUAUACUCCCAACCACCAUCCACAAUAAGCAACAUCGCAACACGCACAGAAACCAAGCGUCUUUGGUGGGCGUCCCCAAAAGGAGCGUCGAAACCAAUGUUCACGUUUCGCUUUUGUCAAACAGCAAAAAUAUAACAGAAAAAAUGCAUAAGAAAA